UUUUGCUUUAGUCGUAAGAACGAGCGAUUCGAAACGGUCGUCUAGAGACGUCGAAAGGCGUCGGUGACGCGUACCUCAUUUCAAACGUGUUAAGUGAAUUCCAUCGGGGGAAUAAACGUGCGAGAAGGCCGUUGUAAAGCUUUCUAAAGGAAGUUCUGUAUGCUGUGAUUUAUCACUAAGGGGGCCAACCUACGCGCAACAACGGACAACCCCACAGGACCGGGGGGUGCUUCUCGUGUCUCGGGAGGAAGGUCAGGGUCUACAAAAGUUACGCCUUGACAGUAAAGCGAUCAUACGCGAGCCGCUUAUUACACCCAAUCCUGCGUGUUGCAUUUUCACUUGUAACACUGAGAUUAAAAAAAUUCGAUGCCUUCCAGGGACGAUAUUCGCUCCCUAUCCACUGAGCAACGCUGGAUCCCUCCUUCAACUGUUAGACGCGAUGCACUCACCCCAGAAAGCAGAAAUGAUCUCAUCUUUAGAAAGGUGCGGGGUAUUCUUAACAAGCUCACACCGGAAAAGUUCGCAAAGCUGAGCAACGAUCUGCUCAAUUUUGAGCUCAACUCCAAUGUAAUUCUCAAAGGUGUCAUAUUCUUGAUCUUUGAAAAAGCACUUGAUGAGCCCAAAUACAGUUCUAUGUAUGCACAGCUGUGCAAACGGCUGUCCGACGAAGCUGCAAACUUUGAACCUCGAAAAUCGAUCGUUGAAGGUCAAAAAGCUCAAAGUACAUUCAGAUUACUCCUACUUAACAAGUGCCAGGACGAGUUUGAAAAUCGUUCGAAAGCAAGCGAGGCGUUCGAAAAUCAGGAUGAACUUAGCCCUCUGGAUGAACAUCACCGGCAGAUCGCCAAGCGUAAGAUGCUUGGCCACAUCAAGUUUAUCGGAGAACUUGGAAAGCUUGGGAUCGUGUCGGAAUGUAUUUUACAUAAUUGCAUCCAAGAAUUGCUGCAUAAGAAAAGGCGAAGGGGAUCCAGGGGGGACAACGCCGAGGAUAUCGAAUACCUUUGCCAGAUUAUGCGUACCUGCGGCCGUAUCCUUGACUCGGAUAAAGGCCGCAUACUUAUGGAUCAAUACUUCACACGUAUGAACUCCUUGGCAGAGAGAGGUGAUCUUCCUUUACGCAUUAAAUUUAUGCUGCGUGAUGUCAUUGAAUUACGCCGUGAUAAUUGGGCACCGCGUAAGGCCACAACCACCGAGGGCCCGAUGCCUAUCAAUCAAAUCCGCAAUGAUAACGAGGAGACUUCGAGGGGUAAUGGCUUCCAUAGACGAGAGGAUCGCCUCGGAGCUGAGUUCUUAAGAAAGAUGGGUCGUGGCGGAUUAGAAAUGGACAUGAUGGGAAGUAUUCCUCUAACUUCCCCUUCGUUUGGCAUGCCGUCUCCAUUCAGUCCGAAUGGAUUCUCAACUACUCCCGGAGUUGGUUAUGGCCGUCAUAAUCAACGUAACCAACCAGGAUUUUACCAGAACCAGAAUCGUCAUCCGAAUAACUUCCAAGGAAAACACAAUCAACAACAGCAUAAUUCAUCUCAGAAUUUUAAUAAUAAUAGUACUAAGGAACUUCGCUUUAAUAAAAACAAGAUGCUACUUGGACAUCCAGAGGAAGUGUCUCUGAGACCUUCGGCCAAUUCUAUGAUGUUUAAGCAGACUAACAUCAAUCCCAAUCUACCUCUGAAUAGCGAUUUGUUCCCAGGACGAACAUCGGAUCUACCACUUUUGCGCACUGCCACACUCAAACCCAGUUCGCCUUUGUUACAUAAAGAAACGCCUCCUUCGAUCAUAAUUAAACAGGGACCUUUAGAUAAGAGAGAGAAAGCUAGAGAAAAGAAGGAUAAAGGUCCUUCGAAGGAAGAAAUCUUAAAGAAGGUGAAUGCCUUGAUGGACGAUCUUGCUAAUCAUACCAAUAUUCAGGAUGCUAUAACAGCCUUCAAAGAUCUUAAGAUACCCGAACGAUUUUUGCGUCACGCAAUUUGUACGAUAUAUUCGAAUACAUUGGACCGCGGAGACUCCGAACGAGAUCUUGCUGCCAAACUCGUAUCCGAAUUGAAAAGAGAAACUAUUAUUAAUGCACAACAAUUGCACGAAGGGUGGAAGGAAUUGGUGGCCAGUAUACCAGAAAAAGAGAGCGUGCCUUGUGUAACAUCUCACGUUGCUUUAUUAACAGCCAAGGCCAUUGUGGACAACCUGAUACUGUUAACUGAUCUUACUUCUGUAACGGAGAAUGGCCAAUAUCAUCCGCUAUUUCUACUGACGCUUCAACAACUUCAUCGUACUCAAGGAAAAGCAAAACUCUUGCAGAUUUUCAACAGCAGCAAAGUAAAUUUAAUCAGCCAGUUACCGGAAGCAGACAAAACAAAAGAACGACUAGGAGAAAUCCUCGAGGACAGAGAAUUAACAUUCUUGUGUCCACUUCUAAGGAUCCAAGGAGAUAUGUGGCGUCAAAUACAAAUUGACUCAACUCCAAAUGCACUUUACAAAUGGAUUAAGGAGAAAUUAGAUCCGUUACACUACUGCGAUGCUGCAUUCAUUAACGCAUUGAUGAAUGUUCUUCUUAAAUAUAUAACUCAGGAAACAACAUUGGCGCCUGGUGUCGAUAAAACUCAGUCUCCUGAUAAAGAUUUGGUACAAAAGGAACGUGUAUUAUUGCGUAAAUAUGCUGGCUUUCUUGACACAUUCCUUAAGGCCCUUGAGUCACAAGUUACAGCUCUCCAUGCGUUACAAGUCUUUUGCUAUUCGCAAAGUUUUCCUAAAGGAAUGCUGAGAAGAUGGUUCGUGGCACUUUACGAAUUUGGAAUCAUCGAAGAAGAUGCCUUUAGCAAAUGGAGAGAAGAUGUCACUGAUGCUUAUCCUGGAAAGGGCGAAGCAUUGUUCCAGGUGUACCGUUGGUUGCUCUGGCUCGAUAAUGCAGAUUCUGAAGAGGAGGAACAUGAAAACGAUGAAAAGAAUUAAUUGUGAAGGCCCCUGAAAAGGAUGUGUUUUUCAGACUACCUAUAAUUUGGAAUAGGGUUUUAUUAUCUAUAUUACUGAACCACUAUGGGGUUUCAGUUUCACUGAAUUGAGUUAUCUCCACUCAGUACUAUCAACAUCUUGUUAGUCUGUCGAGGCUCUCGUAUAAAGGAAAGGUUUUUAAAUCGUGUCCAAAAUUAUUGGAUAGAUGACAAGCCUUCGAGAUAUAUGACAGGCUCCGUAAACAAGAAGUUCUAGAAGAUUUUAGAUAAUUGCAUAUUAAUAUGAUUUAUAUUAAUAUUGGGUCAGCAGGUAUCAUGAGACGUCGUUGUUUCGAUUAUCGGUGUAGAAAAGAAAUGAAUUGAAACGAAUUGAAAUGAAUUGAAAUGAAAACGUAACGAAACGAAACGAAACGAAAGGAGAAAAAUUAGUCUGGUGAUUUGUGUUGUCCAAGUUUUUGUCUAGUAUUGUGCAUGUGUCGCGUUUUGUAAGUCUUUUUUUGUCUCUGCGACAACUUGCGAGUCGCUUGUUAUCUCUGUGUACCAGCUUUUACAUUUAUUAAGAUGAAUUAUUACUGCUA